AUCAUUGGACGUUAGUUACAGCAGGGAUCAUAGCUGCUAUCAACAGACAGUCCGAGAACCUGAGCUCUGUCUUGGUAUUCAAAGAGAGUGCUGACCUCUGUCGUAAUUUUGGAAGCAGGGGAUAAUAUUGAGAUUUGUAGGCAGUCUUUAUAUUUGUGGACAUUACUAAUAAAAGUGGACGGUUGUUCGAGCAGUGGACAUUACUGGACAGUAAUAGGGGACAGUCCUGACGUCUGUGCCUCAGUUGACCACUAAACACACAGGUGCUGCCUGUUUCGUCAACCAACAAAGUCAAAACCAAAAAUGCUGUUGCUUCUAAUCCUUGCAACGAUUCUGACCGUUUCCUCGAAUCAGGAAUUCGAUGAAGCCUUCUACAACUCUUUGGGUCCUGGUUACUCCUAUACUUAUCUCCAGACUCCUCCAACAGAGAAAUUCUACCCAAGCCGAAGUCUUCUGGAAUGUUCUCUCAUCGCUCUAAACAGUCAAUCGGAAUUCUUUACUUACAACAAAGUCAACCGUACUUGUAAGAAUUACUCACCCAAAAAUAUUAUGACGGUCAGCAGUGGACAGGACAAGAAUGAGAUGUCCUACUAUAGAAGCAGUGAAUGGAUUAAAACCUAUGCCAUAUCAAAGGGGGCAAAAUCGUUAAUCUAUGAUUCCAUAUUAAAAAAAGGCGAUCCUUCAACAUGGAACGUGGACAAAUGCGUUGGUGGCUAUUGUCCGAAUUUUUUCCGACACCCUCUGCUUGAUAUCUGGAACGAACUUCCGAUUGAUGAGGUGAAACUCGUGUUAUACGAAAACCAAACAGCUGUGGUAACGAUGGUGUUUGAUGGACGAGAUACAACCCUUAAAAGUUGGUUCUCAAUUGACAAGCUGAAAAGUUCCCCAUGGAGUGAUCUACAAGUAGGGAAAACCAAUUAUUUCUCCAUAGCUGGAUUUGGCGACGCCCGCCGUUUUUAUGUGUCAAACUAUCAUCAGAGUUGCCCAUAUGACAUUGGUUGGUUGUGUAUUAAUGAAGCUAACGAACAUUUUGAAACCUGCCCUUGGGAGACAUCGAACCCUUUCCCUGAUUCCCUACUCUAA